AUGGCAAAUACAAAAGACUGGAAGCCAGAAGACUUCCCCUGUACCCUCACCCUCCACAUACCCUUUCCCACCCCGCACCUCGCGCAAACAGCGCAAUCCGCCCUCUCUGUCGACGCCGAGCUCUCGCCCUUUGUGCGCCGUUGCUUCAGCCUUACCACGCCAGCCGAUUCGACCGAGCAGUCUGUCCUGCAAGUCGAAUAUGCGGCGACUACGAACCGCAUGUUGCGUGUGGCUGUCAAUGGCUUUGUGGAGAGCGUGGGCGUCGUCAUUGGCGUCAUGAAGGAUUUGGAUACCGAUGUCGUGUAUGAGCCGACGAAAGAGGGGCUGCAGGGCGUGCAGGGCCUGGAUGCGAGUAUGGUUGGGUGA